AUUUCCUGGUGUCCAGCCGAUGAUGACCUUCCGAGAAAUCCAGUGCUUAUAGUUGAUCUAGGUGAGUCAGUUGAAUGUGUUUGUCACUCACUCACUGAUAUUUCAUAACGUGUUUUUUAUAUUAGGCCCCGUACAUACCUACCGUUUCCACUUGAAAACGGAGAUUUUACUCUCCAGUUCGGCCUACCGUACGAAAAUGCCCCCCCCCCGGGGGGGGGGGGUACCGGAACUUCGAGAAAAGGGCCCCAGGUCAUUAAAGUGGUCCGCAAAGUUGAAGAUGAAAUAAUAAAAAUAUGAUUUUUUUGUUAUAUUUGAACCGUGGCAUGACAUAGUUGCGUCUUCAACGGCAAUGAUCUUCUUUACAUUUAUGACACUUAAUUAUUGCAGUAUAUGUUGCUCCUUAAGUACAUAGAAUCAGGUUCUACUCUUCGUAACAUACCGUAACAUACAGUUGUCAGAAGUUUUAAACCGUCCCACUAAGAAAGCAGCUUGUACCUUACAGGAAGACAGUUUAACAUCUCUCAAGUGCAAGUUCAAGGAGGAGUGGAAGCCAAGGAAUGGCCUUAUAAAAUUUGUCUAAGUUAUAGCAGCAACGGAAGCCACUUUGUUGAUUUAACAAGAAACGAGUCGUCUUGUUUGGUAAGAUAAGAAAAUCAUUCCAGGUCUGGUUCACUGACUUUUGACGCGCAAAUUCUGCAUAUAAGUGUGUUCGAAGACGAACUACAACCAGUUGCAAAAGUGUUGAGACACUCCGACGAAAAACCGGCGUUUCUUAUUUCAAGUCGGUGCUAUUAACACGUCCGUGGAGAUAUAAUACUUACCUCCCCAUUCCCACCAUUCAAAGUUGUUCCACUUAUUUGUGAGCAUUGUCUUGUAUUGCUGACAACUUUGAUAAGGGGGAAGGGCGAUCACAAGCAUAAGAUCAUAACCAGGCCAUUUAAGCCAAAAUAAGGUACAGUGUCUAAAGUAUUUUUGCAACUUGUUGUAGCUCCUUCUACCACAAGAGGAUGAUGAGCCGAGAAUGUAUUUUUUUUCGACGCUAGAAAGAGCCAGUUUGUCUUCGAACUUGUGCGUAUGGACAAUUUGCGUGUCAAGAAUCCGUGAAACGGAUCUGGUCAGGAACAAUUUGUUGGACAGUUAAAACCCGUUUACACGGGUGUGGACAAAAACUUGCAAGGUUCCACCUUUCUUGACACGGGACCCGCGGAACCGUAAAAGUUUAUGAACGGCAAACAGUAGUGCAAUCUUUAAAGCCUGGCUUAUGCUUGUGCUUAUGCGCUAGUGAAAACCAAGCUUAACAGAAUUUCCAAAACGAGUUGCACAAGUAGAAUUCGUAAGUUUAAAAAGUCGUCUGGACCGGUGUAAUCGGGGUUUGAAAGUGUUAGGAAAUAGGACUGGCAUAAUUAUGUUACGACUCAGUGAUUUUAAGUCACAAGCGAAUUAGGUCGUAUUCCUUCUACAACAUGAAUAAACCAACGGAUAUUAAUCGUCCUAAAAAUAACCAGAUGAUCUUAACUUAACUAGAUUCCCGCGCAUUUAUUCAUGAGAUAAAGACAAAAGGCUAUGACAUUAUUGACGUUAAUGUAUUCCUUCUUUACCAACUAUUCUUUUUACAGCUCUUUGAGCAAGGCUUGAACAAUGGAAGUGGUGACACAAGGCGAUCUUACCAAAUAACUCCACCAGACCCUCUUCGUUCUUUACGUUUUGAACCGAAAUACCCAACAUUUAACACAGGGGAUGGUUAUUGCGCAAGGGCAGAACUUGCAGGGUGUGUAUCCACGAUUCAGGAAGGGGAACUGGUUACUGAAGGUCAGUAUAAGGAGGAUUUGAAAUAUGUAAAAAAGUAAGGAAACAAAUCUGAAGUAGAACUCCUUCCUUUUUCAAUAGACCUCUUUAAAUAUAUUCUUUUAUAUGUAUGAUAAUUAGCCUUUCUGACCUCGUUAGCAUGUGCAAAAUACGAACGAAUUCUCACUUUCAAACGAGGUCAGAAAGUCUACUUAUCAUACGUAUAAAAGAAUAUAUUAAUAGGCCGCCAUUAUGAAAGAGGUCUAUUGGAGCAAGUAUUUCUCUAUGACCAUUGUACGCUCGGACAUGUGAAGCUUUGCUGGGUCGAUAACUGCGGCUGUGAAUAAUGAAAGAGGAAAAGCAAUAAAAUAGAGUAAAGAGCAAGAGGAGAAUUGUUGUAUUUCAUGGUCUGCGUAUAACAGUCCUAGUUUUUUUUUAUUGAUACAAAAUUUCUAAUAAAUUAUGGUUGAUUUGCAGUGUCGCGUAAUUUUUACGUGCGUAUGUACGUGCGUAAAACUUACGCUCGCAAAUGAACACAGAGGCAAUGCAUGAGAAGUCGCUGGUUAGCGUAAAAGUUAAACCUCGCUUAGCUUCUCGUUUGAGCUCAGCACUUUUCAUCUUGCCUCUAUUUUAUUUACGUAAUUAAAAUUUACGUGCAUUAACGAGCGUAGUCAAAAACGCGUCAGUGGAAAUCAUCAACCCUUAGGUAUUUCACUGUCAAACUGGCAAGUUUUAGGUAAAUUUGAUUUCCUCCAUUCAAUAACGAUGCAUUUAGAAGAAAAGAUCUUUAAAGUAUAUGACCGGAAUUAUUUUUUCUCGAUCUUUAUAUUUGUGAUAUGUUCAACAGAAUUUCCCCAGGAAAGGAUCCAAUAAAACAAAAAGAAUGCAGGCUGACACUUAGCUAUUCUGACUAAUUAAAAGGCUUCUCACGUUUUAGAAUAACCUAGUAAAUCAAAGGUGCACAGCAUAGACUAAAUACGUAAAUAAAUAAAUGGAUGAAAAUACAUAAAAGAAAUGAUUGCUUACAAUGUUGGAUUCAGGAAUGGCAACAAACAAAUACAACUAACAAGCCAGGAAGCAUCACACUGACCUAACCACUCCGUUACCCUGCCUACCAUAUGUCAGUGAGUGUAAUUAACUUCAAUUUUGAUCUAGGAUGCUUCAAGACACAAAGAAACAAAUGCUGUGUCUUCCCCUUCUGGUAUGAAGGCAAAGAGAUCUAUUCAUGCAUCAAGGACAAUAACAUUUGGCCAUGGUGUGCAACGACUGAUAACUAUACAAACGAUCACUUAUGGGAUAACUGUGCAGGCAAGUUGAGAGCAGUACAGUGGACAUUUUUGUUGGAAGCAUUUUUUUUGCUUCUAAAACGACUCAAAAGUUCUUGCAGACUAUGUUACUAUUUAACGAACAAUCCUAAGUAACUUCAGCACUUUGCACCUCUCUCUGUCAUGUCACUGUUCCAAUGUUUGGCCAUUAAGCGGGAAACAACAGCAUUCCGAUCGAGUUGAUUCUCGUAGUGAACGGUCUUGAGAGUCCCUGACCUUCCAGUGCAUCGGCAGAUGUUGUCCUACAUAUCUAAACUAUAACUACUUAUUCAUCUUUUUUUACUCACCAAUGUAUUUAUCUUUUGUGAAGACCGCAACGGUCUGCUUUGGGGCGUUUUGAAGAGGAUUACAAACUUCUGGUGCAGAGAUUUCUUCGACUUGUUUGGUGCGCAAUAAAAACAGUGACUAGUUAAUGUUUGCCUUAAGAUACAGAAAAAAAAAUUGAAAUAUUAAGAUGUUUAACUAUACUAUAUUUAUGAGCUGUUAUGUGAAUCGUGAAGUCUGGACGUUCUGGACUUUUUUCGCAAGCCUUGUUUUUAAGAAAAAUCCAGAAUACUGCUAAGAUGGCGGUCAUUUGAAUGACAUCUUAAUUAACAGCAAUUUGUUUAACGUCUGAAUAUUAAGUUGGUAUUAAACCACAUCACAGCGUGUUCCUUUUUUAUUUUAUUUUUUUUUUCUAUUUUAAUCUUUUCUUGUUUCCACCUAUUGCAGGUAUUUCUCAUCCCUGUCAAACCAACCCUUGCUUAAAUGGUGGAACAUGUCAAGGGAAUGCCAAAGACUGGAGUUACAACUGCAUCUGCACAGAAGGAUUUUGGGGUGAUAAUUGUGAAAAUGGUGAGCGUCUAACAUUGUGUAGUGUAUUUGGGAAACAUGCGCCAAAUACAGCCGUAUCUCCUCUGAUCUCUCCUCGCGCUAGGGGUUUUUCGAUGGUAGAGACGUCUGCGAUUCGGCCCACAAAACUUUAUACUUCGGACACAGAUUUGUCUGAAAUCUGAUGAACGAGCGCUGAUUGGUCGAUGUGGACAUUAUAUUCUUUCACGAAUGAAAGACAAAAGACAAAAAGUCACAGAGAUAACCUAAUACACAACAAAUGAAAAUAAAUUGAAAACUGUCUAAAAUAUGGUUUUAAAAAUCACAACUGAGUUAUACUCCUUUAUUUUGCUUGAAAUACUAAUUAAAAGGUUCGAUUUACUACUAACAGCGAAAUCCUUUCUUUCUGCAAUAUCAGUUCCCAUAAGGGAGUAUUAAGUUCUAUCCCAUCUCUGCCUCGUGUUGUGGAUUGUUCUAAGAACCUUAUAAUAAUCGUUAAAAAGAUUGUUAAUUUCAAUUCAAGCUGUAUUACAGGCAAGACAAUUUUACUAUGCGAAAUGAAAUUUGGGGCCCGUUUACAUGGAGGUGGGGAAGGUAAGUGAGGUAAUCCGCUUGGGUGGUGUAACCCGCCUGUCCAUAUAAUCUCUGAUCUCGUGGUAGGUGGAGACUAUAUGGGAGAUUUUAUGGUUGGGUCGCCCGCCUCCAUGUAAACAGGCCCUAAAAAGUACUGAAAGGAUAGGAGACAUAUUAGAUUCUGCAAGCAGAAUACUGCAAUGCUGAUCGUACUACGUGAAAAUUAACUCUGCAAGACAUUAACAGGACACCGAAAGAACUCAAAACAGAGCGGGAUUGUAGCCAUAGACAGCUGUUCCGCCCUCUUUGGGGCUCGUCAGUAUGGCGUAACAACCAGAGAAAGCUCUGAUGAAAAAUAUCCGCGCACUCUGUUUUGAAUUCUUUCGGACAACACAACUACAGAACGUCUCAAUUAAAAGUGCAUCGUGCUAGUCGUAACGUCAUAAGACGAACGUCUUAAAUUAUACAGAUAGACUAGUCCAGAAAUAUCUAGGAUGCAAGUUCGGCAUAUUCGUUUGUGGUCCUUUGCAGUCCUUAGUGGUUAAUGUUUGUACUGAAAGGAUAGUUUAUGGGGAGCAAGAGUGAAUGGCUCAUGGAGGGGGGGGGGGGGGGCACUUGCCUGCCCUCAAUGUUAUCAGGGUUAGGAUUAACCAACCCAUGCCAUGCAAAAUGCCUUUCGAUUUCUGACGCGUCAACAACUCGUGCGUAAAUACACUAUGAGCGCACUUUCCAUGACAUAUUUUCCUUAUUUAUUUUAUGCUUUUGUUUUUUGUUCUUACGUUGUUUUUAAAACCACUAUUAUUCCUCCUCAAAAUCGAAAACGCUCAUUUACUGAAAGGCAAAUAGUCUUGGAAAGGAGGAUAUGAUUACAGAUGUCUGGUAGCUAAAAGGCUGUUCUUGUGCUUUUGCUCUAGAUUGUGAUGAAUGCUACAAUAAUAUGAACCCAUGCAUCAGUUGGUUUCGAAGACAACCGGGUACCUGCGUUAACAACUAUGGAGGAUACGCGUGCAGGUGCCCUAGCGGCUUUCGUGGACAGUCCUGUCAACUUGGUAAGUAGGGGCCUUAAGCAAUGAGAACGGUGACGUCCCGGACGUCAAAAAUGGCAACCGGAAGUUAAUACUACAGAGGAUGGUCUGCCUGUGCCAAAACUUUUAUUAAUUUGCGCAAGGCCGCGUGGUACGUAACGGAUUUUAGCUCGUUGCCUAGCGAAAGUUUACUUGUCAGCACAAUGUCCUGUCAUCUUGUAUAUCUGCCAUCGAUCGUUAACCUGACCCAGUUGUUGCGAAAUUAAUUGUUCACCCUCUUACUUCGGUGACUAUUGUUGAAAUGUGACCAAUGAUUUAUUACACAAGCGAUCCUUAUUACGUUAGUGAUCUUCCCCUUGUUACUUUUGUGACCCCUUAUUACAUCUAGUACCAAUUGCGUAUAACAUUUGUCGCCCUUUAUUACAUUUGGCACCAAUCUUUAAUUACAUUUUGGACCCUUAUUACAUAUUUGUAACCAAUUAUUGCAUUUGUGACCUCAACACACCAUGUUUGAUGAUAAAUAAAGAGCUGCUAUUUUAAUUUUUGCAUCACAGACUGCAGGAUUGAUGAAAUCGAACUGGGAUUCCUAUUGGAUGGCUCUGCAAGCGUACAGUCUGACGGAGAAAACAACCUUCAACACAUGAAAGACCUUCUAGUUAAUAUCGUCAGCCCAUUGGAUCUUAGUAAAACACGCGUUGGAGUGAUUGUUUACUCUACUAAUUCAACCCUGGCUUUACCACUGGAUCAUUACCCGAGCCUAAUCAGUUUUUCUAACGAGCUAGAUAGCAUAAAAUUCCUCGGCGGGGGAACAUUUACUGGAAAAGCUUUAAACGACUCUGUCACAAGUUUAUUCAAUAGCAGUGUAGUGAGAAGCAAUGCAUUCAAAGUACUAGUGGUAAUCACUGAUGGAGUAUCAAUCGAUGAUGUCGUUAUCCCCGCUUUACUUGUAAACAGGAGUGGCAUAAUCUCACUAGCUGUUGGGAUUGGUAGAAAUUACGACCGUUCUCAACUCACAAAAAUAGUUCUGGGUGAAGAAAAGCGUGUUUUCAGUGCCGCUGAAUUCACUUCCCUUAACGGAACUUUGUUCCUUGAUGAUAUUGGAGACGCUAUCUGCCGAGGUAAGAUGCAUGCGUGCUUUUAUACAACAAUUUCUAUGAGAAAAUAUUCGUAAAGCAUAAACAAAAAUGCUUUCAGUUUAUAAACAUGUCGUUUGGGUUUUAUUGUUAAUUAAAUUUAAGUUGUUUAGACCCAGUAUAAGUAUUCUUCUCCCUGUUCAGUAUCGAAUACCAAAGAGAUGCACGAUCGUUAUGAUAGCCAUCUCUUUCCAUAAAGAAAUGCUCGUCACUCUACUUCUAAUUCGGUCAAACACAACGGACUAAUAUAAAAUGAGGAACAUACAAUACCUGCCUUCGACUUAUUAUUUCGCCGAUUGCGGCCUUAGGACGUAUGAGAUGUUUAUGAUAAGAAUUCUAAUUAUAAAAAUACGAUCGAUGAUUUUUUUUUUUAUUAUUAUGAGUGUGAUUAUGCAGGGGGCAGUGGAGAAUCUUGACAUUUAAUUUAUUUUAAUAUUACAGAAACCACCUUACCAUCAUUAGUGAUGAUGAUGUAAAAAAUGAGGAUCUUAACCUAUCAAUUAUUCGGCAAAAGCAAAAAAAAGCAGAAUAAUUUGUCAUGUUUUAUAAGAGCGGAGAACUGGUACAACUUAUGAACGCAAUGGUUUUAAGGAUUGUUUUAAGGGGACAACAAGAACUAAACGUAUGUUCCAUGUUCCAUGUUCUUGGGUACAAUAACUACGCGAGCACAAAGCUUUCAAUAAUGUAAUGAUCAAUGUCAUAUAAACUGCGUUCAAAUUAACCGAUGUCGGUAGUUAGCCCUUUAUGGUGCAGUGGAUUAAACGGAUGUGGAUCAAAGUUCAGAUGGUGCGAUUUCAAGUCCUACAUACUACCUACUGUUUUCGUCAUUUUCAGAGUGAAAGUGAGUUGUAUCACGUCAGUUGAUGGUUUUAAACUCUGUUUAUUGACCUGAUUGGUCAAUUAAGUCGCGAUGUUAUUGGUCGUGUGCCAGUUAAGCCGUGAUGUUAUUGGCUAUGAAGACUCGUAACAUCACUGGUGCGUUGCUGUCUGUCUAUUGUCACAGUUUACGUUUAGCUGUGUUUCUGUCAUAUUUGUGUUAUUCUAUAGCUGCUGACGGAUGUGCUGAUAACCCUUGUCGCUUUGGAAGUACAUGCUUAGAUGGAGGUGCUACCUGCAAUUGUACCCAAGGACUGCAGGGUAGAUACUGCAGUGAAGGUAGGCAACACCACGAUUGCUAGUUAGCUUUAGCCAAAAAAAAAAAGAAAUAAAAAUGUUCGUCCCUUAAAAGAGCUAUAUCAUGAGGAUAUUGCUGUUUCAGGUCAAUUCUGUACUCAAGUCGUUACUUAGUGCCUAAACUGGAUCAUUUUACGUUUCUCGGAAACUGCCCACCUACCCCUCUCCUAAGCCAAUAUUUUGCCCUAAGUAAGAACUAAGUGUCAAUGUUGGCUUAGGGGAGGGGUAGGUAAGCAGUUUCACAGAAACAUAAAAUGAUCUCCUAAGUUACCCAUACACAAAAUUCUCCUGUAGAGUUAUGAAGAAAGUAUCAAACAAAUUUCAUUAGGGAGCAAUAACCGUAAUAAACUUUCUUAGGCUUUUUGAGGCGUAGACUUUGCAGCAUAAUUGAGGUGGGCCAUAUUUUUUUUUAAAGUUUCCAUCCAUUUUCAUCCAAAAGUGCUUGAUGUAAUAUAUCAAACAUGAGAUGCAGUGUUUCAUCACCAGAUGAAACACCGAGAAGAGAGUUGAAAAUACGACGAACUUCGAGGUGUUUCAUCUGGUGAUGAAAAACUGUGUCGAAUGUUUGAUAUUUCUUCUCAAAGUUUUAGUAAAAACUUCCUCUUUAAUUCCUACGUUUAUGAUUCGUCACAAAGUAGGCUAAAGGUAACACUCAUUAAACAUUAAUUUCCUUUGUAUUUUCUUAAUGAAUUAUUAAUGAGUUUGAGAAGGAUCUUUGUAAGGUGACUCUAACUUUUGAGUGUAUGGACCAUUCAAAUAAUAAACUAUAUAAACUGCUGUACCUUUAUUUAUUUUUUAUGUUUGCUGCCUUUCAUCCCCUUCUACUAAUAUGGUAAAAAAUAUAAGAGCCCAUGAUAACACUUUUCGAGUACGUUCGGUCAAAAUUUUGUACAGAUAAAAGCAAGGGGCAUAUACUUUAAUUUAUAAGAUUUAAAAUGUGUUAAGUGACUUCAAACCGGGAUACCAAUCGACGGUUUCCUCCUUAAUAUAUUAAAAUCAUUUUUCAGGCUACCUACUAUAGUCAGAAUACUUUUUGAUCUGUAGAAAAGCCUUCUAAGCAGCGCUAUAAACUUGGUACCUGUUCGGUCAACCUAGGGCAAUUUAAACCCUUUUCGAAUUUACAAAGGCGUCAGUACUUAGAGACGUUUUCUGAUUCCCCUCUCGAUCACAUUUUGGAAUCCGAAAAUUCUAGGUUUUCCAUUUCUAUAAAUAAUAGCAAAAUCUGGGGAGUGAAAUGUGAAACAUUUAACUUCAUAACGCCCCCAACGUAUAUUAAAAAAAAUAAUAAAUAAUAAUAAUAAAAAAAAAAAUUCUAGGCAAUAUUUGCUUCUUCGAACAGAUUUGUUUUUGCGGAAAACACUCGUUGGGUGUCCUUGUUUAAAUUGAGCUUGACAAUUUCUUUUGCUUUCUAGACAUAAAAGAAUGUUUGAGUGGUAAUGUUACCUGUCCGCCAAAUAAAACAUGCACGGAAACAUUUGGCGGAUAUCAAUGCACCUGCUCGGAUACCACAACUUAUGGCUCAGGCUGUACAAAAGGUGAAUGUUUUAGUUUUUCUUCAUGUACACUGUAGAACUUUUAAUUACAUCUCUCAUAAGUAACCGUCUAGGAUAACGAUUUGCAUGUGUCUUGGAGGGCUACUGCAAGUUUACUUUGUACUUCAUAAUUAAAGGCCUGGUAGAAGUCGAGGGAAUAAAUGUUAAAAAUAUCGAGAGGCAAUAUUGUGGGUUGACGAUUCUGAGCCAUGCGGAAUGUUUGUCGCUUGUUCAGUCGCAUAUUGGUGAUUUCGAGGCUUCGGUAUGAGAAUGUUUCUUAAAGGACACUGGGACUGUUUUAGGAGAGAAUUGUUACAUAGUCUUCUGCUUUGUAAUAGCCAGUAGAAGAAACGAUAAAGUGCCAUUUUACACAACACUGAACCAGCUUCAUCAGCCGACCUCAAAAGGAUCACUAACUACGCUAGUAGGCUGCAAAAAGACUUGUUUUCCAUGAUAUCAAUGGCUUAAAAUUGUCACCAGUGAUACAGUGAACUUGAUCUUAACCUCAUUAAAGAUUUAGCUCAUACAAUUAAAAAUUAGAAUGUUCAAAUAUUUUUCACAAUAGUUCAAACCCAGUUGCUUUCCUCUUUCUUUAGACUGCAGCAAGGAAUCGACUAUUCUUUUCAUAAUGGAAACUUCACUCGCUACUGGAAGAGACAACGUAACACUGCAAGUAGAAUUCAUUAUUUCGGUGGCCUCGACCAUGGCUUAUCAAAACAUUGGCGUGAUAGCAUAUUCUACCGAUGCUCAUUUUGUGGUACGACCGGGCCACUCUGCAAAUAUGAGUCAAUUUGCCCAUACCUUACGGACAUUCAAUUAUGUCAUGGGUUGCAGAUCGAAUCUGAAGAAGGCAUUUACUAAAGCAAAAGAGGAGUCUCAGUUGUUUUCAGCCUCAAAAUCUGCUGUCAUUGGUGUACUUUCUCCUCCCUGGGGUUCAAGUGAAGAUCCAAUGACAAUUGUCAGUGAACUAAAAAGCCGCGACGUUACUAUUAUUGGUUUCGCCCUUCAUACAACUUCAACUGGAUACAUAGCAGAUCUAGUAACUAGCCAAAGUUCCAACCACCUUCUAAUAUCUUCAAGUACAACAUACUUGGAUUUGGAAAAUAUGGUAGAAAGUGCAAGGGACCUAAUCUGUAGAGGUUUGCGAUCAUAAUUCUAAAUCUCAUUAAUAAUUCAUAAGUUUAAUAGCCAAUAAAAAAUGGCUAAAUUCGUCACGUGCAUGCGUUUUGAUACCCAAUGAAAAACCACACGUGUUUUGAAUCACAUAUCAAAACCACAUGUUGUUUAGGAAGUUUGGGAAUUUAACAAAACGGGUACGUGAAGGCUAAUUACAUUGCUCAGACACUGCCGUAAAAUGCCACGAAAUUUUUAAUUCUGGCCGUUUGUGCUCCCGGGAAGAUCGAUGUCAGUACACAGCACAAUUUCCAUGCCGUCCAAUGUAACUGGCCUGAUAAAUGAGUUGGUUGUUUUUUCUGUCAUCCUGUCCAAUAUAAUUGUUCCGCAUUUUGCGUGUUGCUACAAUAAAGGGUUGUCUGGGCAACCAUUGUAUAAUCAUCAUUUCUUUUCCCGCUGUGAAGCAAACUUUUUUGAAUGGUUUUUACUUUUCUUUUACAGCUGCAAAUCCAUGCUCUUACCAGGAUUGUAUAUCAGGAUAUGAUUGUAAGAAUUUGUUUGGAAAUACUGGAGGAACAACAUGCGUACCAUGUAAGUAAAUUAACGAAACAGACUUUAAAUUCUACGUUCAAAAAGCCGUUUACAAAACUUAAAGAGAGUUUACUACAGUGGAACCCGGUAACUCAAACUCGAAAAACUCUCAUUUUCUGCUAAUUCGAACUAAGUCCCAUUUCUCUUCAGCCAAUUUUAUUCGGCUAACUCUAAUUCCUCGCUUACUCGAACUAAAUUUAUUUACCAUGGUUAAAAUUACCUUGAAUUCUGGCUCUUACUACUCUCUAAAGAUGCCAUCCCAUUAGCUCGUCUUUUCUUGUAAUCGGUAAAAACACUAAAACGUAGACUAUUAAUUUUAAUUAUUCAAAAGAACAGAUCACGUAUUUGGCAGUCAUUUCUCUAUCUUAUGAGGUACACCUGAUCAUCGGAAUAAGAAUGCAUGAUCGUUUUAUUGUUUCUGUUAAGAAAGAUUUAGUGCUUUAGUACUGAACUGCUGAAAAAGCAGUAAACUUUUAAUAGUUAAAGGGCAAAUUGAAUAUGCAGUCCACCCAAAUAACUCGAACGCCCGCAAACUCAAACUGUUUUUCUUUCCCCUCAAAGUUUGAAGAACCGGGGUUGCACCGUAUAUAUACAAUAUAACUUUUGUUGGAUGCAAAUGAUUAAAUUUAUGUAGCGUAUUGUUUUCCAACGCAAUGUAACGUAUAAUGUACAUUGUAACAGGCACUUUUUAUCCGCUGUAAACUUUCAUAACUGACACACUGACAAUGAUGGAUGUACCGUCGAAACAUGUUUGUUAAAAUUUUAAAAGUCGCACUGUUUUUAAAAAUUUAUGCGGUUUUGCUGCUGUCUCGACCAAAUGAGUAAGAUUUUAACGGAGAGUUGUACCGCUAUCUUUCGAUGUAUUGUGAGAUGGACGACCCAUACUGAUGAGUUUGCUGAAUGAUGGAGGUACAGUCGACUCCCGUUAACUCGAACCCUCUAUAUAUCGAACCUUCCGCUUACUCGAAGCAAUUUUCAUUUCCCUUCAGAUCCUUUUCUAUACAAUUUCACCCUCGAUAACUCGAACUCCCGAAAACUCGAACUUUUUUCUAUUUUCCUUGAAGGUUCGAAUUAACGGGAAUUGACUAUACUUUCAAAUGGAGGUUAAGUCAUCUUUUCCCUUUUAGCUGUCACGGCAUGCGAUCCAAACCCAUGCAGAAGUGGGGGCAACUGCACCCUUACCAACGAUGGCUCAUACACCUGCGCAUGUGCAUUAGGAUUAAUAGGACAAAACUGUACUGAAGGUAUGUUACAAGACUGCGCAAUAACUGAUGAUACGACAGGUUAGCUAAGACAACGCGCCCUAAUUAUUCUGCAAACAACUUUUGAGCAUUGGAACAAGUGUAAUUCAAGCAUCACCGAUUAGAAAUGUAUAAAAACAAAGUCUUCUCUACAAAAUAAUGGAGGCUUUACUUGCUUUUUCGGCUAUGAUCACACAAUACCGGAAAGCUUUUCAUGCCGACGCAAGUAUCAACAUCAACGGCCUUGAAGUGGAGCAAGUCAUCGAACACACAUCGAACAUCGAACAUCGAACAACGAACACAUUUUUUGAGUUCGCGUAUGAAAAGAAUAAUAAUUAAAAAAGAUUCGCUUGACCUUGAACAUCGUAAGUGGCGUUUAAUCAUUUCCUUGCACUUUUGCUUUAUCAUUUGACGGUUCGUAGUCUUAUACAAGGGCGGAUCUAGGGGGAGGGUGCAGGGGGUGCGCAUCCCCCCCUUGAGAUGACCUGCGGUUUUCUAAUACAACUGGUAUUCUGCCAAAAAAUAAAACUUUGUGGUUUAUUGGUGUUGAAAUAGAGCAAGAGACGAGUGCACCCCCUCCUAAAAAAAAACCUGGAUCCGCCCCUGUUAUAACAAUCUAGGAUGAAAUAUUUAAAGUGCCGAACCUGUAUGAGAUCCCCGCUAGCUUCUGCUAAAUGUAGUUUUAUUUUACUGGAAAUGCGACAGAAGAUUUUGGGCCUAUUACAAUCGUCUGUCUGCUAAGUACUGACAGGUUUCCCUUUUGCUGGAUUGGCCGUGAACUAAACGUGUUUGGACUAAUUGUGUUGUAACAAUUUGAAAUUUGGGAUAUGCAAUCAUUUCACAUCCAACAAUGCUAUGAUUUUUCAGCAAAAACAUGUUCAGAGGACAAUAAAGAAAAUAGAUUUUGGGAAGGCAAUGGUCAAUUGAAAUGAGCCUGUGACUGAGAUCUGCAAUAGUUUUGUAUUUCUCAAAUGCUUCACAAAAAAACUGCAAUAAACAAACAAACAGACAAAUAAAACAUUUAUUCUUUGCCCUGUUAUUGCUGUUGUAGAUUUUGACGAAUGUUUUAACAGUCCUUGUCAAAACGGAGGAACUUGUCUUAACUCGUUUGGAAGCUACCACUGCGUCUGCAAACGUGGUUACUAUGGUAAAAACUGCCAUCUUGGUAUGUGACUAUGUAUUUUGUGUAAACCUUUCCUUGGUUUUUAAAGUACGAUUUUCAAUUUUGAAAAUACUUGAAAACUUGAUUUGCUGCCAUAUGAUGUCACAUGACCCAAAUUGUAAAGGAGGAAUCCUUUAAAAGAAAAGUCCUGAACAGCAAGCUAGCUAUCAAUGACAAAACUUAAUUCCUCAGUUGAACAAGACAUCCUUUCCCCAACAUCGUCGGAAUGUAGGGCCGCCCCAAAGGGGGUGGGUUCGCUUAGGGCCUCUUAAGGUUUUUUGUGUUAUAGUAUGUUGCAAUGGUUAAAAAGUUAAUUGAAAGCCUGCAGUGAGCUCUACAUGAUGUGGCCGUUACCACCACAGCUAACAAAAGCCUUUUUUAGAAAGAGCACUCAGAGAAUAAAAAAAAAGCCUCACCUUUUGUUAUUUAUCGGACCAGUAUUGAACGAGAUAUAGCAAUUCGAAAACUUGAAUAAAAAAAUACGGAUUUCCGGGCACUUGCGCUGUCGUACAUUUCUUGGAACAUUUUCGAGAUUUUGAAAGGCUGUAUGGGCCCGAUACACAUUAAACUUGAAGAUGUUGCAAGAGCUCGUGUUUUUUUUUUCUUCUUUUUUUUUUUUAACUCUGUGUCGAUAAUCACAUAAUUCACGGACUUAAAACCUAUGAAACUGGGCAAUGAGUAUUAAUUCAUGUAUGGCCCCCUAUUCCUUUUACAGACUGUACGUUUAGCAAGAUUGACAUGGGACUUGUUGUCGACGGCUCAGAUAGCACCCAAUCCAACUUUUCCACCAUCAAGAAUUUUUUGAAGAACCUCACCCGCUCAUUUAAUCUUUCAAGUAGUGGAACACGUGUGGGAGUCAUCAUUUAUUCAACGAAUGCAUCUUUGGAGAUUACUCUUGACCAGUACUCAAAUGUCAGCGAUAUAGAAGAGGCAAUUGACAAUCUUAUGUACCCUGGUGGUCUAACAAACAUAGGUUUGGCUUUAAAUAAGUCAAUAGCAGGUCUUUUCAACGGUAGCAUUGUCCGGCCAGGUGCUUCUAAGAUUUUGUUGGUUAUUACAGACGGUACGUCCACGGAUGACAUUACGGUGCCUACAACACUCUUAGCUUAUACUAAUGUGACCUCUUUUGUUCUUGGAAUUGGUGAUGGCUACAGUAGGUACGAGCUUGACCAAAUUGCCCUUGGAGUGACAAGUCAUGUCUUCACCGCUGAUGUGAAUAACCUCGAAAUGAUAACUACCGGCUUAAGAGAGGCCAUGUGCUUAGGUAAUUAG